AUGAUCCGCCUGGGUGAUAAAGCACGUACAGCUAUACUUCAAUCUACAGUAAAAGAAUUACCAGCAGGUGCUGAUUUAAAUGUGUUAUGCAAUCAAACAAAAAAUUUAACUGGUCAACUUCUGACAACAAUUGGUCAACAAGCUCAUAAAUCAGCUGUACAAGAAACAAUUAAAGAAAAAAAGAAAAAAAGCACAAACAAUGGAUAUUGA